AUGAGUUCUGGGAUGGCAGUGCGGAGGGGCGAGUGCGGGGAACACGUCCGUGCGCUCACAGCUGCUGCAGGAGGGCGUGUGCGUGUUGUGACCACAGCGACAGUGCGGCGACAGCUGUGCGAGCCGGAGCCCGUGCUCACGGACCGCAAUCCGGCAGACACCGCACACAGGGAGAAUCGCUUCCCUUGCCUCCUCUCCAGUGAGCGGCUCACCAACAUCCCCGCUGCACAGCUCCGGAGCCUUCAGAAUCCAGAAGGCGGUUUCCGCGGCCAGCUGCAGCCACCGCCUCCUUCCAAACCCUCUGGGAGUUUCCUCCCGCAGGCCAACCACAGCACCGGGGAGCGCUUCCUCCUGCUUGGUUUCUCCGACUGGCCCGCGCUGCAGCCCGGCCUCUUCGCCCUCGUCCUGCUCUGCUACCUCCUGACCCUGGCGGGCAACUCGACCCUCGUGCUGCUGGCCGUGCGCGACCCGCGCCUGCACACACCCAUGUACUACUUCCUGGGCCACCUGGCGCUGGUGGACGCGGGCUUCACCACGAGCGUGGCGCCCGCGCUGCUGGCCAGCCUGUGCGGCGCAGAGCUGUGGCUGCCCCGCGCGGGCUGCCUGGCCCAGCUGUGCACGUCGCUGGCGCUGGGCUCCGUGGAGUGCCUGCUGCUGGCGGUGAUGGCGCUGGACCGCGCGGCCGCCGUCGUGCACCCGCUGCGCCACGCCGAGCUCGCCUCCCCGCGCCGGUGCCGCGCGCUGGCCUGUGCCUCCUGGCUGGGCGGCCUGGCCAACUCCGCCGCGCAGAGCGCGCUCCUGGCCGCACGGCCGCUGUGCGCGCCCCGCCGGCUGGACCACUUCAUCUGCGAGCUCCCCGCGCUGCUGCAGCUGGCCUGUGGCGGUGACCGCGACGCCACCGAGCGCCGGAUGUUCGCUGCGCGCGUGGUCAUCCUGCUGCUGCCGUCCGCCGUCAUCCUGGCCUCGUACGGCGCCGUGGCCCGCGCCAUCUGCGGCAUGCGCUCCCGGGGCGGCCGCAGCAAAGCGCUGGGCACGUGCGGGUCCCGCCUGACCGCCGUCUGCCUCUUCUACGGCUCGGCCAUCUACACCUACCUACAGCCCACGCGCCGCUACGACCAGGGCCGGGGCAAGUUCGUUUCGCUCUUCUACACCGUGGUCACCCCGGCGCUCAACCCGCUCAUCUACACCCUCAGGAACAAGCACGUGAAGGGGGCCGCCAGGACGCUCCUGCGCAGUGUGGGGGGAGGGCAGGCUGGGCGGUGAGUGCGGGGCGGGGGCGGGAGGAAGGGGUGAGCCGCGGGCCACGGAUGGGAAUGUGCAUUGGGAAGGCAGCGAGCCCUCGGCCUGUCCGUUUCCCUGUGAGAAUGGGCAACAUGUGUCCUCAGGGAGUCCGAGGUCCGUGGGGAGGCCCCAUUCUCCGCUCCCCUCCCCAAUGUUCCUCUGCUUCAGGGCAAAUCCCGCUAUGCUGCAUAUACAGGUUCAGGGAGGGGAAGUGGCCUGCCGGCUCUCUCUUAAGCUGAUGAAGAGAGAAGG